AUGUCGUCCUCUCAGCAGCAGCGCGUGAUGACGUCGGCGGAAACGGGAAGAACAACGCCGAGGACGACGACGACGACAAGGACGACGACAAGGACAAUCGCUGCGGAAGAUGAUCGCAUGAACAACACGAACAGUAAUGGAAUGCCUAUGAUCCACGUCUUAGUCGUGGACGACGAGAGAAUCUGUCGUGCGGUCACGUCACAGGUUCUGAGAAAGUGUGGAUACCGGGUGACGACGUGUGAGAGUGGCGCCGAAGCCAUCGAGUUGUUGCGUCGAGGCACUGAGUUUAACUUAUUGCUCACGGACGUGAUGAUGCCCGAUAUCGACGGGCCAAAGUUACUCCAACACGUGCGACAUCACUCGCAAUUUUCUCAGUUACCCGUCAUCAUGAUGUCUGCCAAUCAACACUCGGAAAUUGUCUUUGAGUGCGUGCGAAGCGGCGCGGAUGAUUAUUUACUCAAACCAGUCACGGUGAAACAAGUGAAACUUUUAUGGCAGCACGUGUGGAGGAAGCAGUACUCGGCGGCACCGCAGACGGUUCCGAGACUGAACGAAUACGGCGAAGAGUUAGAUGAAGAUAACGAAGACGACGGGAUAUGUAUGCUCGGUAAAGAAGAAAUGUUCCAAGGCGUGCCAAACGUCCCGAGGCGAUUAAACUCAGAAUCCGAUCUUUUGAUGAACAGUAACGGCAAUAGCGGCAACAAUGACAACGACAACAACAGUAAGAAUAAGAAUAAUAGCAGCAAAAACAACGACAACAACAUCACGAUGAACAACAAUUCCACCGCCAUCAAUAAAAGCAACAUCAAUAACAACAACAAAAAUAGUCAUCCUAGAUCGCUUUCGCGAGACUCUUCGAGAGAGAAUUUCUUGUCGAUGCUUUUACUCAAGAGCAUCGCCAAUAACAAUAAAGAAAGAAAUCCUUCGAAUGUUACUGCUACUGAUACUGCUACUGCUGCUACCACCGCAGCGGCAAAAACUGCUUCUACGACACCGAAGAAAACGACGAAAAAUAACAAGGACAUGAACGACUCAAAGAACAACGCGAACGCGCGUAAUCCGCCCGCGCAAACAAGAAGAGUCGAGAAUGCCGAUGUCGAAGUGCCGAUGGAGGUGGAUCUUCCGCGCGCCAAUAAUCGAGCUAAUAAGACCAAAGAUGCAGAAAUAGUGCGAAGGAAGAAAGAAGAAUCGGAGUUAAUAUUGAGGGAGAAUAAAGCGAAGACAGAGAAACGGUUAAUACAAAAUUCUUCUCUUGCGAAAAAGUCGUCGUCGUCGAGAUCUCAUGGAGGAUCUCCCGGAGCCCACCACUCUUCUCCAUCCUCACUCAGUAGUCACGAUGAUAGUAACUUUGUUUUAGCGCCACCGAUACAAGGCUUGGAGAAGUCGAGGUCGUUCGUUUCAGUUAGAAAUUGGCUCGAUUCGAACGCAUUCAGAACGAUGAGUGAUGAAACGAAAUUUCAUGUGUUAGCUAGAACUGCGGCGAUUCUAGCGAACGAACACGAGCGCGGUUUCUGCUCCGGUGGCGUCAAUCCUUCGAGAUUGUUGAUUUCUCCGCAAGGAGAUAUCAAAGCAUUUGAUAAAGAAGAGAUGAACGCAAGAAGUAAUAGGAACAGAAUGGCGAGAGGAUCGAAACAACAACCGGUGAUGAAACGUCGCGAAGUUUUGUACGAAACUCUUCCGAGUGAAAAUGAACUUCCAAACACCAUCAAAUCUGAACUCGUUUCUCUCGGUGCCCUCGUAUCCGAAAUGUUUUGGAAAGAUAUGUUCGACGUUGGCUCUAGUUCUGAGAAUCCGCGCGCUUGGUUCAAUGAAAAAGAAAUCACGCACAUCGAUGAGUUACACCCGGAAAUGGCGGAAACCUUCAGAAAAUUGAUAUCGAGAGAUCCUCGCCAUCGAGUAUCGGCGCAAUCUGUGAGAGAUAUCGCGUUGAAGCAACUAGAAAUUCUGAGACACCGCCGGUCAUCAUCUUCUACGUCGAUGCCUUCGAAAGCUACGCUCGUUGACCGCGAGUUGAACGUGGACUCCGAGAGAAAGGCGAACGAGUUGAAAACAAUCAUCGACGUUCUUAAAUCGAUUGAAAAAUCCCGCCAACGCGAGUACGAAAAAACGCAGCGGGAAUUGAACGUUUUAAAUGCGCUGUCAAAGUUGCUCCCCGCCGGAAAACAAGGAAUUUCUACUCGCAGCAACUCGAAAAGAAAGCGGGGUGAAAGUAAUAACAAUAUUCACAACUCUUCAGAUGUUCCCGGCGCACUUAACAGCGAAAAGUGGGCAAGGCGACCUCCAGAGUCGCAGCGCGCUCUCGAUCACGUGCCCUUUGACGACUUGCCGAAAAUUGUAUUUGAAUCUUUGGAAGAAACGUUAUUUCAAGCAUACGCGAAAUCGUGCAAAAACCAUGCUCUUCAACUCGCGCGCGGUGGAUUUAGUGGAGAGUACAAUACCGGUCGCGCAGGAUCGGUGAAAGACGACGAAAAAUGGAUUUCAAACAUGAUCAAACGCACAAACGUUGAAGAACAGUUAACGGAUGAUUUGAAAGAAUUUGGCAGCUGUUUAACUCGCGUAACGCGAAAGUGGCGAUUUCGAGUCGUCGCUAGGCUGGGGUGCGGAGAUUUAGUCGGUGGUUCGAGCGAUAUGGUGUGUUCUACCGCGUGGAAUCGCGACGGCGACUUGUUCGCUACCGCGGGUAUUUCGAAGCGGCUGUGUAUUUACGAGGUUGCCUCCGUCAUGCAGUUGGGCAACGCCGUGCAUUGUCCAGCCAUUGAACUUUCCACGAGCUCAAAGUUGUCCUCAAUCAGUUUCAAUCCGUACGUGAAGCCGGUUAUGGCAUCUGCGACGUAUGACGGCGCGAUGCAAAUCUGGGACGUCCAGAAAGGCAUGGAAACCAUGCGAUUGAAGAAUCAUACCAAACGGGUUUGGUCGACUGAGUUUUCUCCGAUCGAUCCAACUCGUCUGUUAUCAGCUUCGGACGAUGGCACAACUCGAGUCUGGUCAAUCACGCAAAGGCGAGAGUGCAUGGUGAUUAAUGAUCCGAAUCAAGCAAACAUCUGUUCGGUGAACUCUUCUCGCAUGGACUCAAAUCUGAUCGCAGUCGGCUCAGCAGAUCACAAAGUACACGUUUACGAUCUUCGAAACGCGGUGAUGCCGAUGUUGACUUUGGAAACGCACAAGAAAGCAGUAUCGUAUGUGAGAUGGAUGGGUAAUGAGCUUGUUUCGGCAUCCACGGACUCUUUGCUCAGACUAUGGGACGUGAAAGGAUCGCGAGGUGUUUGUCUUCGCACGUACACCGGACACGUGAACGAGAAAAAUUUUGUCGGUCUCAGCGUCACGAGUGAUGGUAGAAUCGCUUGCGGCUCUGAAGAUAAUACGGUUCGAAUGUACGCAAAGUUUGCACCGCUACCGGUUGCGGGACACUCGUUCAUGCGAAUGACUCCUGGUUGUGGAUUGAGAGAGGGAGGUCCCACGGCUGGUUUAUGCGGCGGCAUCAAACCCGUUCUCACGAACGACAAGGGCGCGUUCGUCACGAGCGUCGCGUGGUCUCCUGAUGGUCAGCGACUGUUAGCGUCCAAUUCUCGCGGUAACUUGAAGAUAUUUGAGUUGGAUUAG